CCUUCUCUCUUUUGAUUUUCGGUUCCCUCUUUCCUUUCUCCUCCCUCCCUGGUUAUUGCAUCGCGGUUGAGUCACUCUGGAGUAUAAAAGCACCUGUUCUCAGAGCAGCAGGUGAGUGCUGGAGGCAGAGGAGCUCGCAUCCUGAACCUGCCAGAGGCAAAGAUGGAGCACACCAGCCUCUCCAAGGAAACAGCCUGCAACGUCAUCACAUGCUGGGCAGCUGUGGCCUGGACAACGAAUGCCCCCCUACCCAUGGAGAUUAUUGAAGUUGACCCACCAAAGGCUGGCGAGGUUCGAAUCAAGAUUAUAUCCUCUGGAAUCUGUGGUACUGAUAACCACAUCCUGGAAGAGAAAAAUAAAGUGCCACUUCCUGCCAUCCUGGGCCAUGAGGGAGCUGGCAUUGUGGAGAGUAUUGGACAUGGUGUAACUACUGUAAAGCCAGGAGAUAAAGUCUUAGUGCUCCCUCUUCCAGAAUGCAGAAAAUGCAUUUAUUGCCUGCACCCAAGGGGCAAUGUCUGUGAGAAAGAAAAUGUUCUCUCUCCAACUGGAUUAAUGUUGGAUGGAACCAGCAGAUUUACCUGCAAAGGGAAGAAAAUCUAUCAUCUUUACGGGACCAGCACAUUCACAGAAUAUACUGUGGUAGAUGAAAUCUCACUGGCAAAGAUUGCUGAUGAUGCUCCUAUGGAUAAAGUCUGUGUUAUAAGUUGUGAGGUGCCAACGGGCUUUGGAGCUGUAUUUAACACAGCACAGGUCACUGCUGGCUCCACCUGUUUGGUUUUGGGACUCGGAGGAAUUGGUUGUGCCAUUGUCAUAGCCUGCAAAGCCUCUGGUGCUUCUAGAAUCAUCGGGGUUGACAUCAAUGAGCAGAAGUUUCCUCGGGCAAGAGCCUUGGGCGCCACUGAGUGUCUCAACCCUAACAAGCUCAAAAAGCCUGUCCAUGAGGUGGUGAUGGAAAUGACAGGUAUUGGAGUUGACUUUGCCUUUGAGGCCAUCGGACUCAUUGAAACCAUGGUCACGGCUUUGAAAACGUGCCAUGUGAGCUAUGGAGUGUGUGUGAUUAUGGGAGUAGCUCCCUCAGACUCACAGCUCUCUUUUGAUCCGAUGGUGCUUCUCCCCGGGAGAACCCUGAAAUCUUCUAUUAUGGGAGACUAUAAAACCAGAGACACCAUCCCUAAACUAGUAACUGACUACAUGCUAAAAAAAAUUAACAUAGAUAGUCUUAUAACCCAUACGCUGCCUUUUAAAAAAAUCAAUGAAGGAUUUGAAGUGUUGCGAAAGGGAAACUGCAUCCGCUGUGUUCUCUUGUUCUGA